AUGUCAUUCUUUGGGUCUUUUGGUAGAAUAAAGAUACCUAAUUUAUUGGAGCAAAAUACACAUCUUCUUUCAAGUGAGGAAAUGGAAGGAAGAUGUAUCUCUAAUUCAUCUCCAGAUCGACAAAGUAAUUUAUCAAAACCUCCAAUUACUACCAACAAGUCUUCUAGAGUUCAACAAGACCAAGUUAAAGUGCUUAGAGCUUCAGGAUUUGACAAAAGCUCAUGCAUAAGCAGGUACCAGUAUUCUUCAUACUACAAAUUGAACCAUAAUAACCCAUCUCCUUAUUUGAUAUCCAAAAUUCAAAGCUAUGAAAAACUCCAUGCAAAAUGUGGCCCACAAUCACAAUCCUACACAAAAAUCAUAAACAAACUCUCAAAAUCAAACCACAUAAAUGAUAAUGAAACCCUACCUUGCAAAUACCUUGUUUGGAGACCAGCAAAUGGACUAGGGAAUAGAAUGCUUAACAUGGCUUCAUCUUUCUUGUAUUCUCUUCUUCAAAACCGAGUUUUUCUAGUCGAAUUCGAACCCGAAAUGAAUAACCUAUUUUGUGAACCAUUUCCUAAUUCAACAUGGCUUUUACCCAAAGAUUUCCCAUAUAAGAACAAUUGGAGUCAAUUACCAUCCUUUGAAAACAUGGGAAAUUCAAAGGAUGACGGAUUUUUUCCCUCGUUUUUCCAUUUAGAUUUACUACAUGGGAUUAAUGGCGAUCGAAACAUUCAACAUUUUCAUUGUAAUGAAACUCUCUCUUUCCUGAAAAAUAUACCGAUUUUGAUCAUACUUUCUGACCAAUACUUUAUUCCCUCAUUAUUUAUGUCAUCAUUUUUUAAGCAAGAACUAAACAAAAUGUUUCUAAAGAAAGACACACCUUUUUACCAUAUAGGUCAUUACCUCUUCAACCCUUCUAAUGAGGCUUGGGCAUUAAUUACAAAAUUCUAUCAAGCUUACUUAGCCAAAUCAGAUAAGAAAAUUGGCAUUCAAAUUAGGGUUUUUGGGCUACAAAAAAUCCCAAUUGAUGAUAUAAUGUCACAAAUUCUAAAUUGCACCCAAGAACAUAACAUUCUUCCUAGAUUUGAGAAUGAUACAAAAAGUUCCCAUGAUUUUGAAUUUGAAAGCUCGGUCCCACAAUCGAAAUCUGUUUUAAUAACAUCGUUAUAUCCCGAGUUUGCUGAGGAACUGAAGAGUAUGUACUGGACUAAGCCAGCGGUUAAUGAAGAUGUUAUAGGAUUUCAUCAACCAAGCCAUGAAGUUAAGCAAAAAUUUCAUGACAACAUGCAUAAUAUGAAAGCAUUGGCUGAAAUUUACUUGCUAAGUUUAUGUGAUGUUAUAUUAACUAGCCCUCAAUCCACUUUUGGGUAUGUUGCCCAAAGUUUAGGGGCAUUAAAGCCAUGGGUUAUGGUCAGAUUAGGGUACAGAUCAGGGCACUUGGAUCCGGCUUGUAGACGUGAUUUUUCUAUGGAGCCUUGUUUUCAUAUUCCUCCACAAUAUGAUUGUAAAGAUAAGACUAAGAUUAAUAACUUUACUAAUUUUUAUCCUAAUGUGAAAGUUUGUGAGGAUGUUAACUAUGGAAUUAAGUUAUUUGAUACAUGA